AUGGACCUGAGCACACCUGUCCUCGAGCACUCCGACAACGAGUUUGGCAAGACCAACAUGCACCGAUCUGACCCAGUCGAACGUCUUAGACAUCGGUUCUACGAGCCGCUGCUCUUCCUCUGGAUGCUCAAUCCAGCGCGAGGACCGACUUUCGUGCAACCAACGAUCAACCAACCCUCGCAUGACUUUUUCUCGCAGUGGCGGGAGUUUCUGGACUGCCUCUCUUGGAUGUGUGAUUUCAACCACGGAGGGAAGACGGUCAGUGCGGUGGCGGGGGAAAGGACGGUUGACGGCACGCGAUUCUGGUUGGCGUCCAAACACGAGAGUGCUCUGCCCCACCUUCGCGACAUCCUGGAGAAGCUCCAACUGAUGAGGAUGUCAAACCCCAACGAGAUGGUGGCCACGGCACGAGCGAUCUCAGAGUCCUCCAUUGCGCUUAGCGGUGACAAGAUCAAGAACUAUUGCAGGGAACUGUCCAGGAGACUGGGUACAAUCGAGGAGAGGGAUGACAACACCGAUCUAUUGUCCGCAAUUUCUGCCAUCAGUAUCAUGAGAGAUCAGCCUCUUGAGGUCUGUCGUGGUGCUCUGAGCUUUCCAGAAUUCCGGACACUAGAUCGACAAAUCGAAGCUAUGACCGAUGUUCGCACUCCCACGGAGUGGUCGUACCUGCGUCACUACUUGCUACGACUGCAGAGUUGGCACAAGAAAACCGCCGUCAUUGUUCACUUUGCAGCGCGAUAUCCUUCAGUGCUUGGAGGCUGUUCCUGCGAGUGGCUGCAGACACCCGGAGAUGCUAGGUUGCCCGAGAAAGAUGAGAAGACAAAUCUCCUCAGUGCCUUGAAGAGGAUGCUUCCAAAUGAUCAGCAGCAGCGAGCGACAGAACUGUACGAUUCAGUUGGCAGUCUCCGAGAUUUCAACUUCGACGCCGCAUUCGCCAAAAGCUUCGAUGCCAAAGGCCCUUCACUGGUUGUGCAUGCGGAAGUAUUCUUGAUGGAGCACUUCUAUUGGAACAAUCUCCGUUUCCUCGAGAACGACCGGUACAUUGGCUGCAGCAAGCGAUCCUGCUACUGUUGCAGCCUAUACAUACGAUACCAUCCGGGGAACUACGUGCUUCGACCGUCUCAUGGAACUGCUUGGGUCACGUGGGGCUUGCCUCUCCAAGCCAAGCUAGAGGAUGAAGUGGUUAAGAAACACAAUCUUGAGGUGUUGAACAAAGUCGUGCAGCACUUGAGGCGUGACCUCCUGAAUGAGCUCGAGGUCCGGUUCCCAAGGAGGCAGAGACCUCCGGACUCGACUUCAGCAUUCGCCUCACUUUCGCUCUGA